AUGAUCCAGGCAUGGAGCCUGCCGUUUCCAAAGUCAUCUUCGGUGCCCGGUGAGGGCCGAAUCAACGCCAAGAUACUUCCGGGGGGAGGCAAUGGACUCGAGUCUAUCUCGUAUCAGUAUCCAUUGAAACUGAUCUCUCCGACUUCGCCCAGUGGUGGCCAAAAAAGUGUCCUGGUCUUCCUUCUGUCAUAUGGGGGCGGUUUGGUCGCAGGGGAUUCAGUCAAUCUCUCCAUUCAUGUCCAGCCUGGCGCCAAUCUCAGUCUUGUCACACAAGGUCACACCAAGAUUUUCAAAUCACCGUCUCCAGAUGUCGUCACCAGUCAGCUUUUGACUGUCCAGGUGGACAAGGGGGCCGCUGUGUGUCUGCUACCAGAUCCUGUCCAACCGUUUGAAGACAGUGUUUAUACGCAAACUCAACUAUUUCAUCUCUCCCCGGGGUCAUCUCUAUGUCUACUAGACUGGGUAACAGCAGGUCGAACUGCGCGAGGAGAAAAUUGGAGCUUCACAAGUUGGACAGGUCGGAAUGAAGUUUGGUUUCGAGCUGAGCAAGGUGGGCGAGAUCGUCUCUUGGUAAGGGACACGGUUAUACUUUCUCAACAAGGAACACAAGCCAUUGAGCAACAACUUCGCGGCACAAUGCACAAAAUGAGCUUAUUUGGCACCUUGAUUCUACGAGGCCACGCUAUGGAGGAGUUGGGGUCAUUCUUCCUUACCGAGUUCGACGCUCUCCCGCGACUAGGGUCCCGUGACUUCCGCACAGAGCAAGACCGUGAGGACGAGGCAAAGAGGAUGACAGAUUUCGAACGAUGGAGAGCGAGAAGGAUUGAAAGUGAAGCUAGAGAAGGUGUCUUAUGGUCCGCUGCUCGUGUGCGGGGUUGCGUUGUCGUCAAGUUUGGAACGCCAACAGUUGAGUCGGGCCGGGGAUGGAUUGGAUCCAUGUUGGCCAAGGAAGGGAGCAUAUAUGCCCACUUUGGUGAGGAAGCGCUGAUGUGUGUACGAUGA